CUAAUUAUUUAUUUAGAAAACAUAAAUAGUUGAAAUCUUCAGCAGCUUCAUCUUAGUGUUUGGUUCCACCGAAGGGAUUCUUUCUCAAAGUUCCUUUCUUCCAUCCUUCAGAAAACACGCAAAUCCCGAAUAAAAAAUUGCUUGAUCUCUUCGUAGUGAACGUCAACACUCUAAAGUACAGAACUUUCAUCACCCUUUUCUUCUUUCUGUCCCACCCUUUUACAAGAUACCAUGCAUGCAUCAACUUUUGGUGUUAAAGGAGCUACUUUGGGGGUUCCAAAGGGAAGGGGGUUGGUGGAUUUUGUGGAGUUCAGAAAUGGGAGUGUUUUGAGAUGUAGCAGAGUGUCCAUGGCAAAGAAUAACACUGAUCUUUCCGGGUUGAGGCUUGGUUCUGCCACUAUGGAAACUAAGCUAAUUAGUACCAGCGUUGGUUUUGGUGGCAUUUUUGGGUCGUCCGUUAAGGCCAGAUCAGUGAGGGUUAUGGCUUCUGAUGGAAACAUUGAGGAUGUUGUACCUACUACCCUUCAAAGCAGAUCUUCUGGAACUGUUCUACCAUAUGUUGGUGUUGCUUGCCUUGGAGCCAUUUUAUUUGGCUACCAUCUUGGGGUGGUAAAUGGUGCUCUUGAAUACCUUGCAAAGGAUCUAGGAAUAACUGAAAAUACUGUUCUACAAGGCUGGAUUGUCAGCACACUUCUUGCUGGUGCCACUGUUGGUUCGUUUACUGGCGGAUCAUUGGCUGACAAAUUUGGAAGAACAAGGACUUUUCAAUUAGCUGCAAUCCCCCUAGCAAUUGGAGCAUUUCUUAGUGCUACAGCGCAGAGUGUUCAGCCAAUGAUCAUUGGUCGGUUACUUGCUGGUGUAGGAAUUGGUGUUACAUCUGCUAUAGUACCAUUAUACAUAUCUGAGAUUUCACCAACUGAAGUCCGUGGUGCAUUAGGUUCUGUUAAUCAACUUUUUAUAUGUAUUGGGAUUCUUCUGGCACUGGUAGCUGGGUUGCCUUUGGCUGGAAACCCUUUAUGGUGGCGGACAAUGUUUGGCAUUGCAGUAGUUCCAUCUGUUCUGUUAGCACUAGGAAUGGCAAUUUCUCCAGAAAGUCCACGCUGGCUUUUUCAGCAAGGAAAACUCGCUGAAGCUGAAAAGGCUAUUAAAACACUUUAUGGAAAAGAAAGAGUUGCUACAGUUAUGCUUGAUUUAUCAACAGCAAGUCAAGGUUCAUCUGAACCUGAAGCUGGGUGGUUUGAUCUGUUUAGUAGCCGAUAUUGGAAAGUUGUCAGUGUUGGGGCAGCACUUUUUUUGUUCCAGCAGUUGGCUGGAAUAAAUGCUGUAGUGUAUUAUUCAACUUCUGUUUUCCGUAGUGCUGGAAUUGCAUCUGAUGUUGCAGCGAGUGCCUUGGUUGGUGCAUCAAAUGUUUUUGGAACUGCUAUUGCCUCCUCCUUAAUGGACAAACAAGGAAGGAAAAGUCUCCUUAUCAUAAGUUUUAGUGGGAUGGCUGCUUCUAUGUUGCUUCUUUCUCUGUCUUUUACUUGGAAGGUUCUUGCACCAUACUCUGGCACCCUUGCUGUUCUUGGGACUGUUCUCUAUGUCCUAUCCUUCUCUCUUGGUGCUGGACCUGUGCCUGCCCUUCUUCUACCGGAGAUAUUUGCUUCCAGAAUUAGAGCAAAAGCAGUUUCGUUGUCAUUAGGCACGCAUUGGAUCUCCAACUUUGUGAUCGGCCUCUACUUCUUGAGUGUUGUAAACAAGUUUGGUAUCAGCUCCGUUUACUUGGGUUUCUCUGCUGUCUGUGUUCUUGCUGUGUUAUACAUAGCUGGUAAUGUUGUGGAAACAAAGGGUCGAUCAUUGGAGGAAAUAGAACGAGCUCUCAGUUCUUCUGCAUGAAAAUCUCCUUUGAUGCUCACAGAAUUCCUGAGUUUUCUAGCAAGAGUGAUGAUAACUGAGAUGACUACUUUCUGUAGCCAAAUUUUGCUCAUGUGCAAAAAUUGGACCAAAAUUCUGUGAGCUUUGGUUAAGCUUCUGUAUUCAGUAUUAUCUUUUCGAACUUACAGUUUUUGUCACUAUGUAUGAUAGAUAAGGACAAGAACAUGUCAGAUUGAAUAAAAUGGACAUCCUCUCUUUCAAAUGGAGAGUGAUAAUUUUCAGGA